AUGAAGCGCAAGUAUUAUGGCUUCCAUCGCAGCACAAUUUACAAGCGGAUUGCGCGUGAGAAGAAGGCAUAUUUUGCGCUGAUGGCUGAUCCCUCCGUUCCCUCUACGUCAUCGGUCGUAGACCAACCACCGGAAAUAGAAAUGCCCGAACUAGUCCCAGAAGUUUGCACUGGUAGUCAUCUUACUGUGUUACUCAAUAGCAAAUUUAGAGCCAGUAGACAUAAGCGAGGACGCGGUCGCAGGCAAAUGCUUUCUGGCGGAUUUACGGGAAUUCUGCUUGGAGGCCCAAAUGCCACUAUCCACAACAAAGAAGUUGUUUCGGAUGCUGCGGCCCUACCACCCAGAAGUGCCUAAAGACCCAAGGACGCUAUUGCAAACGCCUCGGACCUGCAUUAGCAAGCCCCUGAACAAAGGCAACUAUGUUCAUUUAGGUCUUGAACGUGGUCUGCUGGAUCAACUGCACAGUCUGCCCGAAACAAGCGUUCCUGAAAUGCGCAUCCAACUGCAUAUCGACGGAAUGAAGAUAUUCAAGGGGUCUAGUCAAGGCCUGUGGCCGAUUCUUGCCCGUGUUCGCCAUCCAGUUGUUGGGCAGCCCUUCAUUGUUGGAGUGUUCUCCGGUCCCGGCAAACCCAAUCCGUUGGAUGACUUCCUGGGCGACUGUGUUGGCGAGCUGAAAGACCUCCUGGCCAGUGGUCUGCGCAUUCCACAUACGCAAAAUAGCGUAAAGGUGAUCUUAGACAAUGUUAUCUGCGACACCCCUGCCCGAUGUUUUGUGUGGCAAGUUAAAGCUCAAAAUGGCUAUUACGGGUGUGACAGGUAUGUUGCUUCGUACCUUUAACUAUAACCACCGCAGGUGUUCCCAUAUGGGCAAACGUAUUGCAAACCGCAUGACGUUUCCAGUAUGCAGUGGGCGUCUGCGUGACGACAGGUCAUUCCGGUUGCGAAGACAGGAACCACACCACAAGGGCAGGUCUCCGUUCGAGGAUUUGCCCGUCGAUAUGGUGACCUCCUUCCCACUCGACUAUAUGCACCUGGUUUGCCUGGGCGUCAUGCGAAAGUUACUGCAUAUUUGGCGUCUGGGCUCCGGCAGGCACUCUGACUCAUUGAAUGAGUCUAUUAAGAUGUGCAGCCAAAAUUUGCCGGCCGAGUUUUCGCGUAAAUGCAGAACACUCGAUUGUCUAGAGUUUUGGAAGGCCGCCGAAUACAGGCAAUUCCUACUGUACAUAGGCCCCGUCGUUUUGUCCUCCGCUUUGUUGUUAAUUUCCCCACCUUGUAUAGUCCCUCCGAUAUUAUUUACAAUGUCCAUUGUCUGCUUCACCUGUAUGACGAUGUGUCUCAGUUUGGAGUGUUGAAUAAUUUCUCGGCAUUUCCUUUCGAGUCCUUUUUACAAAGUGUCCGCAGCAGUAUAAAAGGGCCUACUAACGUAGCCGCGCAGGUUUUCAAGCGCUUUUCUGAAAGACGCUUGCCUGAGGUACCAACAUGCCCAAUGCUGUUAGACGACGACGAGGGAGUAGCACGGGCAUUUAAACUGCCUCGCGGAUCUACCGCAAUUUUCUACAGAGACUUUGUUUUGUCAAGUAAACAGCCCGAUAAUGUGGUACUUAUCGGAAAUAGACCGUGCCUGCUGACAUCAGUGUCGGAUACCGGCAUAACUUACCACCCGUUCCUUGACUGUGAGGACCUUUUUACAACAUCCCUUCCCUCAUCCUCCUUGUAUAUGUUUAAAGCCUCCCGUUUGUCAGACAUUCCUUCAACUGCUGCCCUCUCAGACAUCAUUUGUAAAUAUAUUUCCUUUGAUAUUGACGGUCGUUUUUUUCUGAUUCCGUUACUGCACACUGUGCGUGCGCGGUGACUCUUGUUUACAUUGUUCAUUUGAUAUAAAUUUCCCUGUAGAUGUAUUCGGUUGUCGAAUUCAUAAAUGACAAGACUGUGGCCGUGGUGGCUGCAGCCUGGUUUUACGACGUUGGCAGCGUUAUGUGGCCUAAGAAGCACAACGAGCGGGCCGUCCUGCUGAAUAAUAACGGGCGGCCACCAGACGGCACCAAGGUGUACGCUGUUCGGCUACUAAAAAGUAACCUGACACUGCUGAAGGCCAGACAGCUGGUCCGGAAAGCAGAGCUGUCGGACAACCUUUCUAGCUCUGAGACGGGCGAAUUAGGCAGGGGGAUGAGGAGAAAGUACAUGUCCCAUACUGUUAAUAUUCCUUUGCAGGUAUGUCCGCAGGCAGACGUCGGAUUCAGACGGUGAUGACGAACCACUUUAUCGUCCGAGACAGCUACUUGGUUGGCCAACACCACCACGAAUAUUACAGUAAGCAUAAUUAUCGUUAAUUAUUCGUACGCCAAGGAUGGACGAACAGAUGCCCCACCUCUUCUCUCAGUCGAGUCACCCUACGCCAUCGACUUCAUAUCGGUAACUGCCUGUUAUUAAUUAUUACCGAAGGCUGUCUAGGGAAAUGCCGGCACCUGCGCCAGUGCCUGCUACCGAACCUGCAUGUAGCCAUCAGGCGCAGAGUGACAAGAAUGACGUAAACUUUCGGUUAGCGUCCCUCGAGUAAGACUGUUGACAAUCUCAUUGACAAUCUAUUAGAAACAAAGUCGAUUUCCUGACCGAGCAAAUGGUCGCCCUCAACAACAGUGUGCGGCAACUGCAGGCAACAAUGACUAUUGCUAUCAGUGAAUUAGAGAGGGGUGCCACUGCUGCCGACGUCGGGCCCUCUCAUCUGCAUUUGCCACUUUGCACAGCCGAAGCCUACGAGGACUUCGUUCGUCGGCUAACUACUGAGGCGGAAUUGGCAGACAAGGCGGUAUGUGUAUAUUUGUUUGACUGUUCUCAGAUCAGACAGCUGGCCGUGGUGGGAGGGCGGAGUAAAAAGGACUUUGUCAGAAAUCUUCUGACUGCCCUCAUUGGUCCGCCGCUUUGUUACACCUUCUGCUGGAGGGGCGGAUCCAAAAAGAAGCGGUCGUUCCUUGCCUGCCCGUUAUUUAGCAUCGUCAACGGUAGGUCUACUUUUUGCUUAUUGGCACAUACAGAUGCCAUCGGUCAAAACCCCCGUUUUAGCAACUGAAACAGGAAGGUACUUCGACUUACGGCCAUUAAUUGGUUCCAUGGGUCGAAGGACCGUUAUGGAGGACGAUCGAGACGCAGGCGCAAUAUUCACACAGUACGACAUUUUGCUUUGAAUAACUGCCUAAAUGUGUUCAGUUUCAAGGAGUCUCCACUGAUGACCUCGCAUGCCCACAACUCUCCCCUCCGAAGCACACGUAAAUUAACUGAAAAAGACUGCUAUUAACACACUUUAUGUUAUUUCCCUCUUUUCAAUAAUUAUAAUGAUAGUAUGUAUUUCGGAAGUAUUUAUACAUACUAGUAUGUAUGAAUUAACAGUGUACUUUGCAAUAGUGAUUAUUAUAUUGUAAUAACUAUUGCAAAGUACGUUGUUAAAUAACUCGAGAUCUGACGUUCGCAGAAGUAGUAAAUCCGCCUACCUAUCUCUUGAGUUCGAAAAGUGAGACACAGCUCAUUUUACCCGGCCCUCGUUGACCGGUUUGGGGUCUGCGUCGGACCCGUAUUUUACUGUGAUCAGUGUCGCGCCCGCCCUGGUUGACCGCGUAGAUAAUUAGCGUCCCGAAUUACUUCGCGCCGUCGCUGCCUCUUGUCAAAGUGGUUCGUAAAACCGAAUACGGGCAAAUAAAUUAAUUUGACAAAGGACAUCCGGGCUUCUCUGCAUCAGCCCUGAGGUAAAUUAGGGUCAUGUACAUAGAACUAUGUGCGUGAAUUUCCAGUGCCUGGGGACGGGCAGACGAAUUCACUACUCGGAACCCGGACCCGCGUCUGGCCUGCCCCGAAGGAAGCCUCCUUAUGAUACGCCCCCUAGGAAUUGCAUUUCUCCUAUUAUUGACAUUAUUGAUUAGUUCAAUGACAAGAGCAUUACCCAUGUUUUACCACAGUUCUUUUUUUUACAGGAACCGCCGAUAACCAGUGGAAGCCCUUUAAUGUCCAUUGGAGAACUGCAUCCCCGCCUGUAUUUUUCGUACCGAUUUCUCAUUUGUAAAUACUCAAUAAACCGUCGUUUCUAACCAUUGUCUGUCCACUUUCCUAUGUCGUGGGACAGAGUGAAUGCUAACUAGUUUGUCCGGUUGUGCACUUACGCGGGGUGUUUACCGCUGAUUUGCUUUAGCCGAAGCUGGGAGGGUUCAGUGACAUGUAAUCGUGCUGCGAUAGCCGACCAUUUAGAAUGAGUGGACUCGCGAGUAAAAAAACGGAAGUCAUUAAAGGGCGGGGAACGAAUGGAGAAUGGGGAGAUCCUAUCGGUUGUCCGGUUGUGCACUUACGCGGGGUGUUGACCAUUAAUGGUCAAUCAAUUGAUUUGCUUUAGCCGAGGCUAGGAGGAUCCAGUGACACAUGUAAUCUUACAGCGACAGCCGCCAGUCUAGAAUGAGUGCACUCGCGAGUAAAAACGGAGGCCAUAAAAGGGUGGGGGACGAAUGGAGAAUGGGGGGCGCCGCCACGCAUUUUUUUCGGAUGGUGUGGCCAGACCUGGCUGUGAUGUCGAAAGCCACACCUUAGCCACGCCCAAUGGCCACGUUUGGCCGCGUCGUAGCCACGUCUUGCCGCGGCGGCAAGGCAUGGCCAGCCGCGGCUGGUGCUGGCAGGGUUGGGAUGGAGGGCUUUGGCUCAGUCCAAGAAGUCGUCCAUCUUAUGUUUUUAACAUAUCGGACAUGUAGUGCCUAUUUUAUGGGUAUUUGAUCUGUGUAGACUGAUCUUUGGACCGUAUUGCGCAAGCAAACUGCUUUGUGUUCGUGAGACUACGGUGGACUACUAUCGACUUGGCCGCUUGACGAAAUCACAGCUCCGCCCUUUGUCCUCAUCGAAUUCGUUCAAAAAGCAGGGCCAACAGCUAAAAUUUCAACAAGUGACCCACACCACCCCAUUCUGUAUUAGUCUCCCUAAAGCAAAUAAAGGCUAGUAGUUAACACGCCUGACAGUUUCUAUAGGGCGGCUUAGUUGCACAUCGUGCAGUACCAUUAAACAGAUACGUUAAAAAGCAAAAGUUGAGCGACCUUUUGGACUAGACCAUGAUACUGUCUACGUCAAUUAGCCCAGUCGUUCGGACAAUGAUAUGUGGCAGCAGGGCUCUUAGGUUUAAGUACGUACUCACGGGUACUUCCUUCAGGCUCAGCACAUGUUAGUGAUUCAGCUUCUUUUUAGCAACAAAAAAGGUUAACAUGUCAGAACUCUAUUCAAACCACUUUCGUAGAUCUAAAUGCAGUGCAAACUUUGUUGUCUUUCAUAAUUACAUUUACAAAAUGGACGGUCGAACGAAUAAUAUAAUACUCCUCUUUGUAACUGUCGGGCAAAAUAAAGAUGGCUGCAUAUCAGGCUGCAGAGCUGACAAUUAUUUUUACGGCAAUUCUAAGAAUCGAUGACAAACGAGAGGACAAAGCUUGACAAUCUCACGAGAUGACAAAAGAGUUCGCAUGGAUACAACGUCCGGAGAAUUUACUUCCUCGGCAAAACUCUGGGGGGGGGAGUUGAUUUUUCCGCGCUUCGAUCACUUACAAGGGGCUUUGUACUGUGCACAAUUGUAGAGUGGCCUCGCCGGGGGCGCACGAAAAUAACGGGGCAACUGACUAAAGCAAGCUUCUUUCCAUUUUGAGUGAUGAUAUGAUUAUUGAUUGCUAACAUUCCCACUUGUUUAAAUACUUUGCUCGCACGCGCACAUCGUGGCAUGUUCCCCCUCCUCGUGGUCGUGUGUUCGUCCGGUGAGUGAUGUUAAGAUGGCUUAUGAGGCUGAUGUCCGCUAAGCACCAGCCACUGUCACCUGUCCUUUGUAAUCUUAUCCGCAUGAUAGAGUCCCAUGUGGGUGUAAGGCAAAGGUACAGCGAUGCCGGCCCCGAGGUGGCCGUCUGUGAAGUCUCAGGCAGCCGGUGGGUUUGGCAAAGAUUCCCCAUCCACAUGUCGGUGCGGCUGGUUGCUGCGGUCUUGUCUAUGCUAUGCAUUUUAGUAAUCUGAUUUGACUUGUCUAAUGGGUGUUUUUUUUUCACAGUGGGAUGUCGACGCACCCGAUCCGCGUUAACCGCUGUCCUUCGGGACUUCGUGAUGGUUGAGGAGUCGUUGUUGCGCCGUUGACGAACGCGUAGGACUGGUGAUUCUCGCGGAUGCGUUAGUCCGUCAAACAGAUGUCAGUGAGUCCCAUGCGCCUUUCUCCGCUUGGCGUUAGGUAUGGUCGAGGUGAGUGAUGAAUAUUGACAAGCAUAUGUCUGCUCCGUAAUGAAACUUUAUUCUGAAUACUUUGCUGCAGAGCACUUAGAACUGCUUUUGUCUUCUGUAGUGGGGAGUACAGACGGUCGCCGACUCGCCGAUGUCCUGCGUUCCACGGGGACUCCACUAGCGGCCCUCAACCGCUUAUGUGUUGGUUUGAAUACUGUCUUCCUGAAUUGA